UCUCGGGGAAGAAACACUUUUUGCGAGAAUCUCGCUAAACGUCAACAGAUCCUUUAAGGGCCGCAGUGGGGGGAGGCUCGCGGCAGAGCGGGGCCUUCCCCGGCCACACGGAGCUCCCGUGCCCAGGACGCCGCGGAAGGGGCAGGGCGGCUGGGACUCUGGCCCGGGAGCCGCGGGUCGGACCGUCGGGCGGCGGCGGUGACGGCGGCAGGAGGACCAAGCGCUGGGGGCGCUGAGCGGCGGCCACGCCCCCGGAACCGGGCGGUGGGUUCAGCGGAAGGGGCGGUCCCAGCCGCGGCGUAAACAAGGGCCGCCGGCGGCUAGAGGCGAGCGGGAGGCGGGGUGGACGGGCUGGAAGCUCAUACGGCCGGUCGCCGACCCCUCCCCGUCCUGCCCGCGACCCCGGACCUCGCCGCCCUCCGCCCGCGCCCCGUUGCGCAGGCGGCGGAGAGGCUGUGCGCGCCCCACCGGGGCCGGGAGGACGCGAGCGCACCCGCGAGGGAGCGCCCCUAUCGCGGCUCCUGCACCGCCGCCGCCUGCUCGUCUGCGCCGCCGUGCAUUUCGUUCUCCCUUUUCCUUUGUCUUUUCCCUUCUCGCGGGUGUGGGAAUUGUUGGGAACAAAAGUGCAGCCGCAAGAUGGCUGAUGGCAACGAGGAUCUGCGGGCGGACGACUUGCCGGGGCCAGCCUACGAGAGCUAUGAGCCCAUGGAGCUCGCCUGCCCCGCCGAGCGCAGCGGCCACGUAGCCGUCGGCGACGGGCGCCACAUGUUCGUCUGGGGCGGCUACAAGAGUAAUCAAGUCAGAGGAUUAUAUGACUUUUACUUGCCUAGAGAAGAGCUCUGGAUCUACAACAUGGAGACUGGAAGAUGGAAAAAAAUUAACACUGAAGGAGAUGUUCCUCCUUCCAUGUCAGGGAGCUGCGCUGUAUGUGUAGACAGGGUGCUGUACUUGUUUGGCGGACACCAUUCAAGAGGCAAUACGAAUAAGUUCUACAUGCUGGAUUCAAGAUCUACAGACAGAGUAUUACAGUGGGAAAGAAUUGAUUGCCAAGGAAUUCCUCCCUCAUCAAAGGACAAACUUGGUGUCUGGGUAUAUAAAAACAAGUUAAUAUUUUUUGGAGGGUAUGGAUAUUUACCUGAAGAUAAAGUAUUGGGAACUUUUGAAUUUGAUGAAACAUCUUUUUGGAAUUCAAGUCAUCCAAGAGGAUGGAAUGAUCAUGUACAUAUUUUAGACACUGAAACAUUUAUCUGGAGCCAACCUAUAACUACUGGUAAAGCCCCUUCACCCCGCGCUGCCCAUGCCUGUGCGACUGUGGGAAACAAAGGCUUUGUGUUUGGAGGUAGAUACCGAGAUGCUAGAAUGAAUGAUCUUCACUGUCUUAAUCUGGAUACAUGGGAGUGGAAUGAAUUAAUUCCACAAGGCAUAUGCCCAGUUGGUCGAUCUUGGCAUUCACUAACACCAGUUUCUUCAGAUCAUCUCUUUCUCUUUGGAGGAUUUACCACUGAUAAACAGCCACUAAGUGAUGCCUGGACUUACUGCAUCAGUAAAAAUGAAUGGAUACAGUUUAAUCAUCCCUAUACUGAAAAACCAAGAUUAUGGCAUACAGCCUGUGCCAGUGAUGAAGGAGAAGUAAUUGUUUUUGGUGGGUGUGCCAAUAACCUUCUUGUCCAUCACAGAGCUGCACACAGUAAUGAAAUACUUAUAUUUUCUGUUCAACCAAAAUCUCUUGUAAGGCUAUGUUUAGAAGCAGUCAUUUGCUUUAAAGAAAUGUUAGCCAACUCGUGGAACUGCCUUCCAAAACACUUACUUCACAGUGUUAAUCAGAGGUUUGGGAGUAACAACACUUCUGGAUCUUAAGGCUUCAGAGAUAAUGCCUCUGAUCAUCUUGCAUGGACAGCAGUUCUGUAAACCUCACAGAGUGGCAGCGUUUGUAUAGUAUGUGCACUGUGGUAGCGUGCAGCUUGUUGGUUUUAAUGUGCAUGUGAAUGGCCUAGAGAACCUAUUUUUGUGUCUAAAGUUUACAAUAAACGUAUUUAACACCAGUA